AUGCCACGAACGCUCUUGUUGUGCUUCUUGCACGGCUUCAAGGGAAACGAUGACACCUUUCGCACCUUCCCAGAGGACCUCAAGGCGCAGGUUGCGAAGCAGUUACCUGAGGACAAUGUAGAAGCCAUCGUCUACCCGAAGUACGAGACGAAAGGCGAGCUGGGUCAAUGCUCGGCUUCAUUUCUUGAAUGGCUGAAAGAGAGAGUGAUGGAAGUACGCAAAGCACACUGUGAGAAACCAUGGCCUCCUCACGAUCGAGAAGUCGGCGUAGUCCUUGUUGCGCACUCAAUGGGGGGCUUCGUAGCAUCAGACACGCUGUUUCUCAUACUAAACGAGCGUCUCGCCGCUGAAAAGGACAAGGAAGCAACAGACCAGCCCAUCUUCCCCCUGAUUCAAGGCAUUCUGACGUUCGACACGCCUUUCAACGGCCUUGCGCGGUCAAUGUUCGUCUACGGGGCUUUCUCAAAUUACCAGAAAGUGAGCAGUGUCUUCAAUGUCAUGACGGCACUGUCGGCGGCACCAGCUGCUUUAGGGAAGUCAGCGUUCAGAAAGACUACGGCGAGUCUGCCGUCGAGGGGCUCUUCUAACCCUGCGUGGCAGGGAUGGCAACUGGUCGCUGUUCGGACUGGCACUGUUGGCGCCAUUGCUGCGGGUGGAGUCGCGGCGUAUAUGCAUCGACAGCAGAUCAUGGACGGCAUGCGGAGUAUGCGUAAUCUCAAUAAGGAAUCAGUCAAGGAAGGGUAUCAGCAAGGGGUUGAUACAAUCAGCCAGGGGCUGGCGUAUAUCAACCGCGGGAACGUCGGGAGAUCUUUUGAGUACAUGUCAGAUCACUUUACGUUCGUGGGCGCACUUUUAAAGCAACAAGAACUCGCCCAGCGAUUGGAGCGUAUGGCACUCCUCAAGGGCAUAGGGAUUCACGAUUUCUACACCUCCCUUGGUGAAAACGGUUACUGGAGUGGUGGCUAUUUCGUCCCGGAGCGCACAUUCUGCGCCAUCCCAUCCACAGACCAUCAGGCGUACCACCUCUUCUCACGGCGUGUCAUCAAAAAGGUGGAUGAUGAGAUCCAGGGACACAUGAGCAUGUUCAUCCGAGAUAAGAACGACGAGUAUGAACAGAUGACACAAGAAGCUAGCAAUCUCGUUACUCGGUGGUUUAAGGACGACUCUCCUAUCGAAGAUGAUCCUAAGUUCAUCGAAUCGCCUCCGGAGCCCGUAGAACAGCCGGUUACCACAACUUCAGAUGGCCAAGAGGUUCCAAAGACAGAAGGCUUAACCAAUGGUCCUGACGAAGUGGGAGACACACUAACGGGCGGUGAAGAAGACGACAUUGAGAUUCUUGAUGAAUCGCCUCUCGACAUCACUGCGGCAGCGGCAGCCAUUCCCCUGCCCGAUGAUGACGAGGACCUCGAGGUUCCGCCAGACACGAAAGAAGCCCAACGCAGCACUUACAUGCGGUAUCUAAUGGGCGUCGCGCAGCAAGCCGGAACCGGUGUGAUAUCGUAUGUACCAACUAAGAUGCCAGAGAUGCCGUCGGGGCCAAGCUUCAAGUCAUUUGUACCGCGAUCUAUGCCACAGUUACCGCAAAUGCCCUCUAUUCCUAGGCCUGGUGUCGGUAUGUUCAGUAGGAAGCAACAAGAGGAUACGGAUAAUGCGGGUGAAAACGCUGAAGGAGAAGCUAAGACCAGCAACGCGGAUCCGGCCGCAACAGAUGCCUCGGGCAUUUCUAAGACGAACAGCGAUGCUCAACUCCCCACAGAUGCAGAUCUGAGGAGUGAGCAACAUCAAGAUAUGAAAGGCCAAAAAUCGCCGUCAUUAGCCGCCUCUUAG